GAGAGAGAGUUGUGAGUGAAUAGUUGCUGUCCUGUUGACCAUGAGCUCUGCAGAGCAGGGAAAAGACUCACCUGUGUGUCCACACCACAGACAUGAAGCUGUGGAAGCAGACAACUCGGCCAGUGAAGACACAAAACAGGGGACAGUUUUAUGUCUUUGCAACAAUGAGGUGAAGAGUCGAGCUGUGGUGAAAUACUCCGCAGCACCACCGCCAGCCACCUAUGCACUCCUUCAGGAGCAGACUGAUCUCAAGCUUCCUCCAGCAAACUGGUUACGUCAGAGUGCCCAGCUAGGCUCCGCUGGUACCACUGUGUUUGGGUCCAGCAGCAAAAGCAAGCCCUUCUCAAGCUUUGGUAUGGCUUAUGAAUUUAUUGACUCCAUCGGCAACGAUGUUGACGUGGUGUCUGACUCUGAGAACAUAAAGAAACUGCUGAAGAUCCCCUACAGUAAGUCACAUGUCAGCAUGGCGGUGCAUCGUGUGGGCAGGACUCUGCUCCUAGACGAACUCGACAUUCAAGAGCUGUUUAUGAGAUCGUCACAGACUGGAGACUGGACAUGGUUGAAGGAAUUUUACCAGAGGCUCAUUGACCAGAAAUGGCAGAGGAAAAAGAAAAGUAAAGAGCACUGGUAUGAAAAGGCCAUUCUCUCCAAGUUCCUUUAUUACAGUAUAAAUGGAGAUGGUGCUGCAGAGCCUGUGCCCUCCGAAUCAGACAGCUGUGCUGAAGCAGAGGAGGCGUGUGGAACAGCAGAAUAUGGCCCAUCCUGGCCUGCUACCUUCAGCAGCUCGACCUCAGAUUCGGACCAGUCCUCUAUUCCUAAGGAGGAGCGAAUGGAGAACACGUUUGCGCUUGGCCACGUCACCUCAGUACCUAAAGAACAGAAUCUGCCGAUGCUCUUUAACGAAGGAGAGAACAGCCAGGGUUUAAAAAACGACUUUGUGCGGAACAUCCUCUGGACUUUUGAAGACAUCCACAUGCUAGUGGGAUCAAACAUGCCAAUUUUUGGAGGCGGACGUUACCCAGCAGUGAGUCUGCGGCUCAGGGAUAACAACAAACCGAUCAACAUUCUUACUGGUAUUGAUUACUGGCUGGACAAUCUGAUGUGCAAUGUACCAGAGCUUGUCAUGUGUUUCCAUGUAAAUGGCAUAGUGCAGAAAUAUGAAAUGAUAAAGACAGAGGACAUCCCAGAUCUGGAGAAUUCCACAUUUUCCACUAGGGUGGUGAAAAACAUUGCCCAAAAUAUACUUUCUUUUCUUAAAUCCAAUUGUACCAAAGAGGGACACACCUAUUGGCUCUUCAAAGCCAGUGGGAGUGACAUCGUAAAGCUGUAUGAUCUGACCACUCUGUGUGAGGAGGCACCUGAAGAGAAAUGCCAGAACCCCUUCACUUUGCCAGUGGCUGUUCUACUUUAUAAGGUGGCAAGUAACAUGAUGCUGAAAAAGAACCAAAACAGGAAACAUUACGGGACCAUCAGAACUCUGUUGCUCAACUGUGUUAAGCUCCUAGAUGAGGAGAAACACUAUCAGAUCAUUGCCUCAGCACACUACAUGUUGUCAGAGCUGUUUCAGCUGGAUGACUCAAGUGAGGAGGAAGGUAGUGAGGAGUCUCUACGCAAUGGGGGCUCUGAGGACAGCUAUAGCGAGGACGAGGAUGAAGAAGAAGUGGAUGAUGAUGAAGAAGAAGAUGACAGCUGCUCAUAUAGCAUGCCGUCUAAGCGUCCAGAGGACUGCAAGGCAGUGGCUGUGAUUAAAUCUGUGGAGGAGCUGUCUGUCCCAGAGAAGUACACAUCAACCCACAAGAUAAGGCCCAACUGUUCAUUUCCUGUGUCCCAAGACAAAGAAGAGAAAUGUAGGCUUGUACUUAGCUAUGUGCUAAAGGGACUGAAGGCAGUGGAUAGCAGUAUCAAGAAGGAGAGUGACCUGCCGGCAGCUGACCCCAGCACUCCUAUCCCUCUGAAGUAUGAGGAGACUGGAGCCAGAGCAGUGGAGAAAGAGAUCGCUCUGCUGCUUGACAGAGCUGCUCCAUGUGGUGAGGGACUAAAGUUGCCCAUGCGCUCAGGCAUGCUGGCUGGUUCCUGGCAGCACCAGAUGAAGCUGCAACUCUUUCUGAAGGCAUCGAAAGCUUACUGUGUGUUAUCUGAGGCUGCAACCAACCUGCAGAAGUACGGCCGGGCACUGCGUUACAUCAAACUGUCCCUACAGUGUCAUGAUGCGUAUUGUGCUAUAAGCAGUGGGCUGCACCCAACUGUGCUGCUCUUCCACAGCCAGUGUCUGUCUCUGUGUGGAGACGUGCAGUUGAUGUUGGCACAGAAUGCCUCAAACAGAGCUGCCUAUCUGGAGGAGUACAGCUACCAGACCAGAGAUGACCAGGAGAUCCUUCACUGCCUUCACCGGGAGAGCUCCUGCCAAGCUUUCAGCAUGGCCACUGACCUGGCCACUGACCCAGAGUACCAGCUGUUUGUGAGCAGUAAGUGCUAUGAGGCAGCCCAUGACAUUUUAACCUCUGAAGCUCUGAAAGACCUGAACUCAGAGAAGCUGGCUCAGGUUCUAAAGCGGCUUGGAAACAUUCGCAAUGAGAUGGGCGUCUUCUAUAUGAACCAGGCCGCAGCACUGCAGACAGAGAAAGAAGGGGUACGGAAGUCAGUGUGUGCAGCAGAGCAAGAUCUGUGGAAGAAGAGCUUCUCUUGUUUUGAGAAGGGCAUGCAGAAUUUUGAGGCCAUUUCAGACUCCGUAAACAAAGCCCUGCUGUUGUGUAACAUUGGCAGACUGAUGCGGAUCUGUGCACAAGCCCAUUGCACCAUGACUACAGAAGAGAGCCGAGGAGAGUUCUCACCUGAGGAGGCUCUCUACUACAACAAGGCAGUGGAUUACUAUCAAAGAGCCAUGAAGUGUCUGGGAAGUAGAGAGAGCCAUACAGCAGUGUGGGAUUCGGUGAACUGGGAGCUCUCCACCACAUACUUCACCCUGGCUACGCUACUACAGGACUAUGCUCCAUUGUCCCGCAAAGCUCAGGAGCAGGUUGAGAGAGAAGUGACUGAUGCUAUGAUGAAGUCUCUGCGAUAUUGUGACCUCCAGACAGAAUCAGCCCGCCAGCCACUAUACCAGUACAGAGCAGCAACCAUCCACCACAGAUUGGCGUCUAUGUACCACAGCUGCUAUCGUAACCAGGUGGGUGAUGAGAGUGUACGGAAGCAGCACAGGUCUCUAGCAGAGCUCCAUUACUCCAAAGCAGUGCGUCUGUUCCUCAGUCUGAGUGAUGCCCCGUGUGAGUUGCUGCGCACUCUGCUGGAGCGUGUGGCCUUCGCCGAGUUUACCAUGGCAGGACAGAGCAGUAGUGCAGUGAAAUUGAAAACCUUAACAGGAGCUUUGGAAAUAAUGUGUGAGACUCGCCAUGCCUUCAGCCUAAUCUACAAAGAGCUGCAGGAGCAACAGCAGAAAGAGGGAGUGGUACAAGAAGACACGGCCAACCUUGAUGAGUCCUCUGAAGAUAGCCCUGCCUCUUCAGGGUUGAACACACAAGAAGUGGUAAAGCUGAUUGGCAUCUUUGAGCCCAGUAUCUCCUUCUUGCUGCUGCAGGUGAUUAAACUCAGUACCACCAGCAAACGCAAACCCAGCAGUAAAGAGGAGGAGCAGGUGAUGGUCUACAAGCAGGUCUACUCCAGGCUGUUGCGAGCAGAAAAGAACGCCCCCCUGACCCAGCGCAUAGCCCUCUAUAUGGAACUUCUUGAUCAGUUGGCUCCUGUCUGACCAAGGCGAUCGAUCAUCUGACCAGACCCACACUCUGUAGUGUAAGAAGUAUGAAGAGGUUUCUGGAAUGGGAUGAAUCCGAGUUCUUACCAGCGGUGUCUUGUUCUCACACUCACAGCUAAUUACUAGCUAGAUUUUUCCUCUGUUUUUUUUUGUUGUUGUUGUUAAUAUUCAGUGAGGAAAUUGACAGAAAUAUUUCCUAAGGCUGACUAAUGUGAAAUGUGAUAUUCUUUUGUUUCUGAAAAAGAGAAAGAAAGAUACUUCAAUAUUUUUGUUUCAGAUAAAUAAGCAAACAUUUAUUUAUUUUUUUUCCAGAAGGGUCACAAUAUGAAUGAUUAAUAUGUGCAAUAAUAAGGCAAUGUACAGGACAAGCUCUGCUAAAGCUGUUGCCGUAUUUUAUAUACAAUGUGUGUGCUAUACAAAUUCUUUAUUAAAAUUUUGGAAGUUGAUUGAA